AUCUCCACCCACAUCUGAGCCGCCCCGAUUCCAAUCCAAACCCAACCUGCUUGCUCUCACCGCCAUGGCCGCCACCGGCGAUUCCGCCGCCGCCGCCGGCGAGGUCCGGCGCCUCCUCGCCCACCUCGACUCCCACCAGCAGCUCCUCGCCUCCUGCCACGACGCCUGGUCGCGCGCGCUCGCCCACUUCGCCUCGCUCGACGAGGACCUCGCCGCCCGCUCCGCGUCGCUCGACGACGCCCUAGCCGCCGCGGGCGCCUCCACCUCCGAGUCCCUCGCGGCGCUCGAGGCCCGCGAGGCCGCCGUCCCGGCGCGCCUCGCCGAGGCCGAGGCGGCGCUGUCCGCGGCCGUCGCGGAGGCCGGGUCCGCGGAGCCCCCGCCCGCCGACGUCCGCGGCGCGCUCCGGUGGAUGUGCGGCCGCAUGGACGCCCCCGCGCUGUGGCGCUUCAUGGCGGCGCGGCGGCGGGAGCUCGCCGCCGUCCGGAAGGAGGUCGGCCCCGCCGUCGCCGCGUCGGUCGACCCGCCCCGCCUCGUGCUCGACGCCCUCGCCGACUUCUUGGCCGCGGAGGAUGGUGCAGGUGAGGACCAGUUCUGGGUGCUCGGCAUACUGCUGCGCUCGUUGUUUGAUUCCGAUGGCCGGAAGCCGCCGGAGAUAGGAGAUACGCUGGUUGAGAGGGCGGCCGGAGUUGCCAAGAAUUGGUCAGAGAAAUUUGGGAUCAAGAUGGAAUUGUAUGCACCGGAUAACAAUGAGGUGGAGAUGACAGAAGCGCCUUUGGUGGAGAACGCAACAGCGACAGAGAAGAAAGAAGAGCAUGUAGAUGAGGAAGAAGAGGAGGAAGAGGAGGACCCAGAGGAAAUGGUGCCCGCGUCGGAGGAAGAGGCAGAUGCAGAGGAGGUAGAGAAGGAAGAAGAGGACCCAGAGGAAGUAGAGAAGGAAGGAGGAGAGGCGGAAGCCAAGGUGGCCAAUGCGGCGAAGACAGGGGAAGUAGAGAAGAGGAAAGUCGAGGAAGAUAAGAAGGCGUCGGGAAGAGAGGUGAAGGAGGGAGAGAAGGGUGGACAGGCAGAGGUGCAGAUAUUCCUGCAGAUGGUUGCUGCAUUUGGACUAAAAGAUAGGUAUGAUGUAGAUUUCUUGAGGCGGCUAUUAGUUGAUAAUGGACGGAGGAGGGAACUUGCCAGAAUCGCUUGCGUCCUUGGUUUCGAGGAUAGCCUCAGAGAUGUUAUUGAGGAAUUCAUAAAGUCAGGAAAUGAGAUAGAAGCUAUUCAUAUCGCCCAUGAGGCUGGUUUGCUUGAGCGAUUUCCACCUGUACCGCUUCUUAAGUCUUAUAUAAAGAGAAUAACUAACAAGACUCAGGUUGCACUGAGAGGUGGAAGACAUUCAAAUUCUGUUGUGGAAGAGGCAAACAACUCGGAGUGCAACGCCUACAAGUCCAUCAUCAGGUGUGUCGAGACAUGCCAGCUAACAUCAGCAUUUAACCUCGAUGGCAUAAGGAAGAAGGUCGCAAGGAUGGAGAAAGAGAAGGCUGACAGGAGGAAGCCGAGUGGCAUGAACAGAUUCCAGAACAACAAGCGAGCUCGGGGAGCAUCCGGGCCUCAGUCCUUCCCUCCCUCCAAGUACUCAAGGGGCUCGAACUCGAACUACGGGUCAUCUUUUCGGAACCCGGCCUCCCACUCUUUCCCCUACACCGAUCGUGCCGGUUUUGUCGGACCGGCACCAGGUGCUCGGCCGCACUUCGCACCGGGAAGCUCCAUGGGCACGCGCCGUGCUGGGGUGCUGUACGGUGGACCUGGAGCGACAUUUGGAGCCGGCCAUGGCUAUGGUGCUGGUGCUGGGCAUCAAUCUUACCAUCACUAAAGAUGGUUUAGACUUUGGACUGGAUGUUGAUGUUACUGAAUGCUCACUGUUUUCCUGGGUAAUACAAUGGUUUAUAUAUGAAGUCAUGGACUGGUGAAUUUUUAGGACAUAUAUCCUGUGUGAUUAUUGUUUGGUCUGAAA